UUUUCUGGUCCCUCAGGUGCCUGUGUCUCCCACGGCCUCUCAUUUGAGAACAACACCUCGUGGAAGCCGGAUUCCUGCCAGGAGUGCCGCUGCCGGGGCGGCGUUGUCACCUGCCAGCCUACAGUCUGCAGAGCCCCUCAGUGCGACUUCCAGAAGGGAGAAGUGCUGCAAAUAGCCUCCAAGCAGUGCUGCCCGCAGUGCGCGUCCCGAGCCGAGGGAUCCUGCCAGCACGAGGGACGGAGCCACAGCUGUGCCCCGGGGCAGCUGCAGGACACUGCCCAGGGCUCCUGCUGCCCCACAUGCGUGGGCCCUGGUGAGCCUUGCUCCUUUGAUGGCCGCGUGUUCCGGGAUGGCGAGGGCUGGAGCCUGGGCCGGUGCUCCAGGUGUGUCUGCAGGGACGGUGCAGCUCAGUGCUCCACAGCUGCCUGCCAGCCUCUGCUCUGCAGCCAGGAGGAAAUCAUGGUUCUGCCUCCUGGGAAAUGCUGCCCAGAAUGUGUCCCCAAGCCCUGCUCGGUGUCGGGAAGAACGUUCCAGCACGGGGAGCAGUGGCAAAAAAAUGCCUGCACUACGUGUGUGUGUCAGAGAGGGGAAGCCAGGUGCCUGAGGGAGACCUGUGGCUCUGUCACCUGUGAGGAGGGGCAGAGCAAGGUGCAGCGCCCUGGGAAGUGCUGCGAGGAGUGCGUGUCUUCCAAAGGGAGCUGCUCGGAUGGGGGCACCAUCAGGUACCACGGGGAGAUGUGGAACAGCACCCUCUGUGACUUCUGCAUGUGCCAGGAGGGGGAGGUCACCUGCCAGGGAGCUGAGUGUGCCAAAGUGGAGUGUGCCAAGGGUGAAGAAUUAAUUCACUUAGAGGGGAAGUGCUGUCCUGAAUGUAUCUCCAGCCGUAGUGACUGUGUUUACAAAGGGCAUACCAAAGCUGCAAAGAUGUUUGAGCUGACAGUGGCUCACGGAAUGCUUCCAUUUCCCCCCGUUCUUUCUGUGGAGCUGGUGCCUGGCUACUUGGCCUGCCACGAGUCCUGCUCCUCGUGCUGGGGAGCUGCCGAGAGCCACUGCCUGUCCUGCCGGGACCCGUCCCACGUGCUCCAGGCUGGGCUCUGCCUGGCCACCUGUGCCCAGGGCUUCUUCCCCAAGGACGGUGUCUGCACUGCUUGCGGCCAGUUCUGUGAGAGGUGCUCUGCAGAGGCGGGCAGCUGUGCCAGCUGUGCCGCAGGGAAGCUGCUGCACCAGGGGCAGUGCCUCCCCCAGUGCCCACACGGACAUUUCCCCAGCAGCGCUGCAAGGUGCACAGCCUGUCACGCUUCAUGCUCCACGUGCCAGGGACCUCUGGCCACUCACUGCACCUCCUGCUCCUUCCCUCUGGCCCUGCGCCAGGGCCAGUGCCUGGAAAGCUGUGGAGAGGGCUUUUACCAGGAUCACAACAUCUGCAAGGGUGAGUGCCAUGCAGACUGUGUGAGCUGCUCCCAGGCCUCUGAUCGCUGCGACUCCUGCCGGGACCCCAGGAAGCUGCUGCAGGACGGGCGCUGCGUGGAGAUGUGUGCAGGGGGCUUCUACCAGCACGGGGGCGCCUGCCUGGCCUGCAAUGAAACCUGCUCAGCCUGCAGCAAUGGAUUUGAGUGCUCCUCAUGCCAGGCACCCCUGCUGCUGAAGGACGGGCAGUGUGUGCCCUCCUGUGGGGAGGGCUACGUCCAGGAGCAGCUCCUCUGCACAGCCUGUCACCCGUCCUGCAGGACGUGCCACGGCCCCUCUGAGUGGGAGUGCUCCGCCUGCCACCCCCGUGCCACGCUGGACGCCGGCAGGUGCAGGACAGGCUGCAGGGAGGAGCAGUACCUCAGCCUGGCAGGCCGCUGUGUGGACUGCCACCCCCUGUGCCGGCGCUGCGUGGCCGACGUGCGGGACGGCGGCAGCGUGUGCCUGGGGUGCCAGCACGGGCGGCACCUGCUGCUGGGGGAUCGCUGCCUGCCGCGCUGCCCCGCGGGACACUACGCCGAGCACGGAGCCUGCAAACCGUGCCACCCUUCCUGUGAGAGCUGCACCGGCGAGGGCCCCUCGGCCUGCUCGGCCUGCGGCGGCGGCCUGGUGCUGUCCCACACGGGCGCGUGCGCUCCGCGCUGCUCCCUGGGCUUCUACAGGGAUGGCAGCAACACCUGCAGACCUUGCAGCAGCCAGUGCCGGAGCUGCGUCUCGGCCGCCGGCUGCACGUCGUGCAGGGACGCAGCGCAGGUGCUGCUCUUUGGGGAGUGCCAGUACGACAGCUGUGCCCAGCAGUAUUACCUGGACUUCGCCACCAGCACUUGCAAAGAGUGUGACUGGAGCUGUAACGCCUGCAAGGGUCCCCAGAGGACUGACUGCCUGCAGUGCAUGGAAGGCCACGUUCUGCAUGAAGGAGCUUGUGUGGAACAGUGUCCUCCAGCUUUCUACCGGGAAUCAGACACGUGCCAGAGGUGUGACCAGCCCUGCCUUCAGUGCCAGCAAGCAGACAAGUGCAGCCUCUGCCCAGCCCCGUUCUUCCUCCUGGGCAGUGCCUGUGUUCCCAAAUGUGGGCAGGGAUACCACGCAGACGAGGCACAGCGCCAGUGCACAGCUUGUCCUCCUGGAUGCCUGGAGUGUGACAGUGGCAGCCUGUGCCACCUCUGUGACGGCAGCACGUUUCUGAAGAAUAAGAUCUGUGUUUCUGCCUGUGGCCAGGGUUUCUAUGGCAAUCCACGGACCAGAGAGUGUGAAGAAGGCAGCAGGCAUCCCCGGAGCUCCCGUGCGGGCGGCACCCUGACGGUGGGCAUUGGCGGGGUGCGGCCGCUGGCCCCGGCCCUGCUGGGCUGCGGUGCGGCCGCUGCCUGGCGCCAGCCGCAGUUCCAGGUGGACAGCGUUCCCUCCAGCGGCCGCCUGGUGAUGCUGCGGGCCGGCCGGGAGGCGCCGCUGCGCCCCGGGCAGCGCUUCGGCUGCGCCGACCUGCGGGACAGGAGGGUGCGCUUCGUGCACGGCGCGCAGGAGCCCAGGAAAGGACAGUUUUCCUUGAAGGUCAGUGACCAAGAGUCAUUCUCCCACCUUGAGGUGAUCAACAUUCAAGCCUUCUCAACACAGGCGCCGUUCGUGUUCCGGAACGAGCCCCUCCUCGUCGGCCGAGGGCAAACCGGGACCAUAUCGGAGCUGGUGCUGGGCGUGGGGGACAGUGACAACCCUCAGGACGUGGUGCUGGUGGUCGUGGAGCCGCCGAGGCACGGCAGGCUGCUGGGGACAGCUGGGGACCCCGCCACCCUGGCCCUGGGUGAGCUGGCAGCGGGGCGGCUGCGCUACGCCCACGACGGCUCCGACAGCCGGCAGGACGCGGCUCUGCUGCAAGUGAGCGACGGGUACCACUUCCAGAACGUCCUGCUCCUCGUCAGCAUUGCUCCCCAGCACGCCGAGCUGCCCGGGGCCAGGGACGCUGACAUCACCUACAGCAUCGCUGAGGGGCAGCCUGCACACGGGGAGGUGGUGCUGCUGGCGCCCAUGGCAGCGGACGGCCCGGCCGGCUCCUGGCAGCUGCUGCCCGACGGCAGAGCGGCCUCGCCCGCCGCCUCCUUCACCCAGCAGGACAUCAGCGACGGCCUCGUGUGGUACCGGCACUCGGGGGCCGAGGUGGAGACUGACUCCUUCCACUUCCAGGUGUCCAGCGCAGCCAGUCCACAAGCCAGCCUGGAAAGCCACGUGUUCAACGUUGCUGUUCUGCCCCAGACCCCCAGGGCCCCUCAGCUUUCCCUCGGCUCCUCUCUGCACAUGGCUGUGCUGGAGGACCGUGUGACGGUGAUUGAGCCCCAUCACCUCUCCUUUGUAGACCCGGAGGUUCCCAGUGAGAAAAUCCUGUACAACGUGACUGUGCCUCUCCUUCCUGGGCAAGGUGUUGUGGAGCACAGGGACAGGCCUCUGUCCCCAGCCAGGUUCUUCAGCCAGGCCGACAUCAGAUUUGUGUUGUCUGCUCUUGCUUCCCAGGUGGAUGAGGGGGGCAGGGUCCCGCUGCUGGCCCAUCACCACUGGGCUGCUGACUACGACACUGCUGCCAAGGAGGGCCUGAGGGUCACCGUGCUCACUCUGCCUGUGUACGGCUGCAUCGAGAACACCAGGACAGGAGAGAGCUUUGGCCCACAGAGUGAGUCUGUGGGGAGCACAGACGUGUCCUUUUCUCUUCAUGAUGUCCUGGAGAAGAGCAUUUACUACUUCCAGAGCGUCCAUGAGAGCAUUGAGCCCACAAGUGACGCUUUCAGCUUCUAUGUGAGUGAUGGCUUCAGCCAGUCAGAGGUGCAGAGCAUCAACAUCACAAUCCAGCGGCAGAACGACGAGCCCCCCAGGAUGGUGCUGGAGCCUGUCCGGCUGCAGGAGAGCUCGGCCGUGGUGGUGACCAACGCCUCCCUCAGCCUGCAGGACUUGGACACGCACAGCAGCGAGCUGGUCAUCGUGGUCAGCCAAAGCCCUGAGCACGGUGCGUCCCAACAGGCUGGGGCUGAGAGACAGGGAGUCUGUCUGUCUGACAACAACUCUCCUGACUCAGAGAUCAGAAUCCAGCUGAUAUCUCUGCCAGCCUAUGGAACCCUCCUCAGGACACCAGGCUCCCACAACGAAGAGCUUUCCAAGGUUUACAAUUUCACCAUGGAAGACAUCAACAGCCAGAGGAUCAGCUACUCCACUGCAUUUGAGACCAGCAAUCAGCCCGUGACUGACAUCUUCCACUUCUCAGUGCUGGAUGCUGACAACAACAGGCUGGACAGGCAGAUGUUCACCGUCACCAUCACCUCGGCCCCGGCGCUCNGCGUAUCGCCCGCCGGCCGCCGCCCCGCACCUGCGGGAGAUGACGGCCUUCUCCUUCGCAGGUCUGCCGGAGUCCUGUCUGGUGGGGAGCACACGAGCCCGGAGAUGGUGUUUGUCAUCCACCUGCUCUCUGCUGAGCAGCAGCCUCCAGUGUUCCAGAUCGCAGCUCCCUUCCUGGAGGUCAGCCAGGGGGGCAGAGCCACCAUCGGGAUCCAGUUGGCUGUGAGUGACACGGAUACAGCUCCUGAGGGCCUUUUCUUUGAGCUGGUGAAACCUCCCCGUCAUGGCAUCGUGCUCAAGCACAGUGCAGAUGUGCAGGAGCUCAUGAGAGCAGCCCUGGCAGGAUGGGAUGAAAUGCCAGUUCAGUUCUUGAUGAAGGUGAUUGUGGGUUUUGCUCGCUCUGGUGCAGGCUCUGCAGCUCGGCUCACGGCUCAGCACCUGAAAGCAGCAGCUGGGCAUUCAGAGGACACGGCCAUCAGAUUUGUCCUGAGGAGGGACCCCAGCAGGGGCCAGCUGCAGCUGACCACAGCUGAUAGCCCAGUCCAGAUCUCUGCCAAAGGACCCCUCAGAAGUUUCACCCAGGCUGAUAUAAACAAAGGGCACGUGGUGUACAGCCAUGGCAAAGGGGAUCCCGGAGGAAACUUCCCCUUCACCUUUGAUGUGAUGGAUGCAGAUGGCAACAAGUUGAUGGACCAGGUUUUCCACAUCCAUGUAAUAGAGGACAGAUUUCCCCCCUCCAUCAUCACCAACAAGGGGCUGGUGUUGGAUGAGAACUCGGCCAAGGCCAUCACAACCCUGCAGCUCUCGGCCACUGACCAGGACAGCGAGGCCUCCCAGCUGCAGUUCACGGUGACCCGGCAGCCACAGCUGGGCCAUCUGGAGCACGUGGCCUCCCCAGGGACAAGAAUUAGUUCCUUCAGCCAGGCAGACUUGGCCUCUGGCAGCAUCCAGUACGUCCACACCAGUGACGUGGAAAAGCACAGGGACACCUUCACCUUCUCUGUGUCUGAUGGGACAAACGAGGUGAGCCAGACCUUUGACAUCACCAUAAACCCCGUGGAUGACUCCUUACCCGUGGUGCAAAUCUUUGGGAUGACGGUUCAGGAAGGGGUGAGAAAAACCAUCACCGAGUUUGAGCUCAAAGCAACAGAUGCUGACACAGAGGUAAGGCAGGACCUCCCCCAGCCUCCUCCCUCCCCUCUUCUGCUGCACAUCUGGGCUGUUGGGAAAAUGGCCUUGUCGAGCUGCCUCUCCUCGGGGCAGGGGCCUGAGCUGCUGUGGCUGCAGGCAAGGGCUGCGUGCUCUCCUUUAUGUGAUCCCUUUGCUCCUUCCCUUUGCCCCUUCCCCUCGCUGCCCGCUGCGUGUGCAGACUCGCCCCAGGACCUCGAUGGCAGCAGAGCUGAGCUGGUGAUGUGCUGGGGGAGGCUCUGCCUCCCAGAGUCACCCCCUUUUACCUUGAACUGUUGUCAGGUGGUGACCGCAGCGCCGCAGCGCUUCCAGGUGGAAAUCCUCCCCGUGGACAAUGGGACACCCAGGGUUGUCACCAACGUGGGCCUGCAGUGGCUGGAGUACACGGAUGGCAAGGCCACCAAUCUCAUCACUAAGAAGGAAUUACUGACGACAGAUCCUGACACAGGUGACAAACAGCUGAUCUAUGAGAUUACAACUGGUCCCAGGAAUGGUCAUGUGGAGAACAAGCUGAAGCCUGAGACAGCUGUGACCACCUUUACACAGGAGGAUGUGAACCAGGGCCUCAUUCGGUACGUGAUGCACGAGGAGAAGGUUCAGGAGACCACGGACAGCUUCCAGUUCCUGGUGAAGGACGGCAAGCCCAACGUGGUCAGCGGCAACGUCUUCCACAUCCAGUGGUCCCUCCUCAGCUUUACUCACUCCAGCUACGAGGUCAGGGAGAGCGCCGGCUCCGUGAGCGUCCCCGUGAGGCGGCUGGGGAACCUCAACCAGUACAGCAUCGUCCUGUGCCGCACCGAGCAGGGCACGGCCGCCGCCGCACCGGGAGCGCGGCCCGGAGAGCGGGACUACGCGGAGUACGCGGGGCAGGUGCAGUUUGAGGAGAGGGAGGACACCAAGGCCUGCACCAUCGCCAUCCACGACGACGAUGUGUUCGAGGGCACGGAGAGCUUUUCCGUGGAGCUCAGCAUGCCGGCCUUCGCCCUGCUGGGCAACGUCACCCGCGCCACCGUCACCAUCGCCGACCCCGAGGACGAGCCCACGCUGCAGUUCGACAGGAGCACCUUCCACGUCAGCGAGAGCGCCGGCUUCCUCUCGGCUCCUGUGCAGAGGAAAGGGGAUGCCAGCAGCACUGUGUCUGCCAUCUGCUACACCGUCCCCAAAUCAGCCAGGGGCAGCAGCCUUUACAUGCUGGAAUCCGGCUCCGACUUCAAGUCCCGGGGGCUGUCGGACGAGAGCCGCCUCGUGUUGGGCCCGGGGGUCACCGUGGUGACCUGCGAUGUCACUCUGAUCGAUGACAGCGAGUAUGAAGAGGAGGAGGAGUUUGAGGUGGUGCUGGCCGACGCCUCGGACAACGCGCGCCUUGGCAGCCGGGCUUCGGCCAGCGUGGUCAUCGCUGGUCCCAACGAUGCCUCCACGGUGUCCCUGGGGAACGCCACCUUUACUGUCAGCGAGGCUGCAGGACACAUUGAGAUCCCCGUGCUGCGGCAGGGAGCCGACCUCUCCGCGCCCGCAUCGGUGUGGUGUGCCACCCGCGCAUCGGAGCCGCCCUCGGCCAGCCCGGGAGUCGACUAUGUGCCCAGCUCCAGGAAAAUAGAGUUCAGGCCAGGCAGGACAGAAGAGUUCUGCCCCCUGACAAUCCUGGAUGAUGCCCAGUACCCAGUGAUAGAAGGGCUGGAGACAUUUGUUGUUUACCUCAGCUCCCCCCACGGAGCCGAGCUGGCAAAGCCCUUCCAAGCCAUCGUGGCCAUCAAUGACAUCUUCCAGGACGUGCCCAGCAUGCAGUUCAGCAAGGACAGCUACACGGCCGGGGAGAAGGAGGGCACCCUGCACAUCCCCAUCUGGCGCGCGGGGGACCUGAGCUACGAGUCCUCCGUCAGGUGCUACACCCGGAGCCUGACGGCGCAGGUCAUGGAGGACUUCACCGAGAGGAGGGAUGCGGAGGAGUCUCGCGUCACCUUCCUCAAAGGGGAGAAGGUGAAGAACUGCAGUGUUCACAUCAGUGACGACUCUGCCUUCGAACCAGAAGAGCAGUUCCAGGUCUAUCUGGGGAGCCCCCUUGGAAACCACUGGAGUGGAGCUAGGAUUGGGAAGAUGGAUGUGGCAACCAUAACUGUCACCAACGACGAGGAUGCCCCCACCAUCGAGUUCGAGGAGGCGGCGUACCAGGUGCGGGAGCCGGCGGGCCCCGAGGGCGUGGCGGUGCUGAGCGUGCCGGUGCUGCGCAGGGGCGACCGCAACCGCACCUCCCGCGUGCGCUGCAGCACCCGCGACGGCUCCGCGCAGGCCGGCGUGGACUACUACCCCAAGAGCCGCGUGCUCAAGUUCAGCCCAGGUGUGGCCCACAUCAUGUUCAAGGUGGAGAUCAUGUCCAACGAGGACCGGGAAUGGCACGAGUCCUUUUCUCUGGUGCUGGGCCCAGAUGAUCCAGUGGAAGCAGUCCUGGGAGACAUCAGCACUGCCACAGUGACUAUUUUGGAUCAGGAGGCAGCAGGGAGCCUGAUUCUCCCAGCACCUCCUGUGGUUGUCACCCUGGCCGACUACGACCGCGUGGAAGAAGUGACCAAGGAGGGCGCUAGGAAAUCGCCCUCCCCAGGCUACCCCCUGGUCUGUGUGACUCCCUGUGACCCUCACUUCCCCAAGUACGCCCUGAUGAGAGAGCGCUGUGCUGAGGCUGGCAUCAACCAGUCCUCCAUCCAGUUCAGCUGGGAAGUGGCCGCCCCCACGGACGGCAACGGGGCCCGCUCGCCUUUCGAGACCAUCACGGACAGCACGCCCUUCACCAGCGUCAACCACAGGGUGCUGGACAGCAUCUACUUCAGCCGGCGGUUCCACGUGCGCUGCGUGGCCAAGGCUGUGGACAGGGCCGGCCACGUGGGGACGCCCCUGAGGAGCAGCGCGGUCACCAUAGGCACAGACAGUGCCAUCUGCCACACGCCCGUGGUGGCGGGCACGGCCCGAGGCUUCCAGGCACAGUCCUUCAUUGCCACGCUCAAGUACCUGGAUGUGAAGCACAAGGAGCAUCCCAACAGGAUCCACAUCUCGGUGCAGAUCCCCCACCAGGACGGGAUGCUGCCCCUCAUCUCCACGCUGCCGCUGCACAACCUGCACUUCCUGCUCUCCGAGUCCAUCUACAGGCACCAGCACGUCUGCUCCAACCUGGUCACUGCCAGUGACCUCAGAGGCAUCUCAGAGGCAGGGUUCCUGGCCGGCCCUACCAGCUGGACCCUGCGGUGCGGGAGCCCCGGAGCAUCCGGCUGUACCAGCACCUCAACCUCAAGAGCUGCGUCUGGACCUUCGACGCCUUCUACGACAUGACCGAGUUAAUCGAUGUCUGCGGGGGCUCUGUCACUGCUGACUUCCAGGUGAGGGACUCUGCCCAGUCCUUCCUGACAGUGCACGUGCCUCUGUACGUGUCCUACAUCUACGUGACGGCGCCGAGGGGCUGGGCUGCCCUGGAGCACCACACGGAGAUGGAGUUCUCCUUCUUCUACGACACCGUGCUCUGGAGGACAGGGAUCCAGACGGACAGCGUGCUCUCGGCCCGCCUGCAGAUCAUCCGCAUCUACAUCCGCGACGACGGCCGCCUCGUCAUCGAGUUCAGGACGCAGGCCAAGUUCAGAGGGCUGUUUGUCAUGGAGCACCACAGCCUGCCCGAUGUCAGGUCCUCCUUGAUGACUCCAGAGCACCUGGGAGGGAUCGAGUUUGACCUGCAGCUGCUGUGGAGUGCUCAGACUUUUGACUCUCCCUACCAGCUCUGGAGAGCAACCAGCUCCUACAACAGGAAGGAUUACUCUGGAGAAUACACCAUCCUGCUGAUCCCCUGCACGGUGCAGCCCACGCAGCCGUGGACAGAGCCUGCAGACAAGCCCCUGCCCUGCACGGCUCACGCUCCCGAGCGGUUUCUGAUCCCGAUUGCCUUCCAGCAGACAAACCGCCCAGUUCCGGUUGUUUACUCCCUGAACACAGAGUUUCAGCUCUGCAACAACGAGAAGGUUUUUCUCAUGGAUCCCACCAAGUCGGAAAUGUCUCUGGCAGAAAUGGAUUACAAAGGGGCUUUUUCCAAGGGGCAAGUCCUGUACGGGCGCGUGCUCUGGCACCCGGAGCAGAACCUGAACGCGGCGUACCGGCUGCAGCUGGAGAAGGUUUACCUGUGCACGGGCAGGGACGGCUACGUGCCCUUCUUCGACCCCACGGGCACCGUCUACAACGAGGGGCCCCAGUACGGCUGCAUCCAGCCCAACAAGUACCUGAAGCACCGAUUCCUGCUCCUGGACCGAAACCAGCCGGAAGUGACGGAUAAGUAUUUCCACGAUGUGCCUUUUGACGCCCACUUUGCUUCCGAGCUGUCCGAGUUCCACUCGGUCAGCAGCAUGCCCGGAGUUGACGGAUUCACUCUCAAGGUGGAUGCUCUCUACAAG